UCGGUUGACGGCACUGGAAUCGGAUUUUUCUAUAGAUUUUUUUAGCAAAAUAAGCGAGUAUUUUUCUAGAGUCGUUCGCUGUAUGUGUGUCGUUCGUUUUCCUUGAAUACUGAUCUCCUUAGCUGAACUUUGGUACGCUCGUCGCGAUGGUGUCCAAGAACCAAUUCCAGCCCAACCGGCUGCAGGCGCAGCAGUACCCGCAGCAAAUGCAGCAACCGCAGUACCAGCAGCAGCUAAACCAGCAGCAGCAGCAGCCGCGCAACAACCUGAACAAUAUUAACAAUAACCAAAAUCCCCGGGCAGCAGCAGCUCCAUACAGGAAGCCCUUCCGUCCGGGCAACAAUAGCCCCGGCGGACCAGGGGGCAACGGAAAUGGGAACGGAAACGGGAAUGGCAGUGGGAGCAAUGGUAAUGGCAACAACCAGAUGAUGUUCUCCUCCAGCCAGAUGCCCAGCGAUCCCCUGUACAUCGACUUCAACAGUCCGGCGCCGGGAAACAAACAAAACCAAGGGGACGGCCUGAAGAAGAAGCCCAUGAAGGGCGCCAAACAGCAGCAGCAGCAUCUCAAUCCGAACCAGCAGCAGGGCAAGAUGAACAGCCCGAGCAACAAGCAUAUGAACCAACAGCAGCCCUUUAACAACCCAAUGAACGGAGGCGACUGGCAUCGCUUUCCAGGAAACAAUCCCAACAUGAAUCGCGGUGGCUUCAAUGGAUUCCAGCGAGGACCGCCGCCGAACCGUCCGCCGGGACGCCACAUGAUGGGUCCACCAAUGGGUCCCAUGGGCCCCGGAGGGCCACGUGGACCUGGCCCCAUGGGUCCCGGAGGACCUUACCCGCAGAUGCCUUUCCAGCCGCCCAUGCCUGGCAUGCGUGGUCCUGGGCCCAUGGGACCCAUGGGUGGACCACCGCCGCCGCCACCACCGCAUUUCAUGCGCCGCAAUGGACCCGGUCCGGGUCCAUGUCCCAUGAUGGGCGGCCCACCGCCCAUGCAUAUGAUGGGUCCACGGAUGCCGCCGCGCGGCAUGCCUCCGAUGGGACCCUUCGGAGGACCUAUGAAUAUGAACGGCGGCCGGAUCACGAAGCCCAACCCAAAGCUGAUCAAGCAGGCGGUAAAGGGGAAGAGCAGCAUUAAGACGUUGAAGCACCUGAUCAAUCAGUAUCCCAUCGACAAGCCCUGGGUGACGGACGAGAUACGCAGCGAGCACGACAAGAAGGUGGACAUCGAGAAUCGGUUGAAGGGCCACAAGGACGACGAACUCUUCGCCCAGUACAGGGGCCAGCGCGACAAGUUUGUGGGUCUCUACGAGGCGGCACGGGAGGAGUAUCUCAAGCAGGAGGCAGCCAGCGUCAAGGCCAAGGAUGCCAAGUCAGACAAAGACAAAAACGCAAUUUCAAAUCAGAGCGCCGCCCCUCAGGCCGAAGGCGCUAAAGAUGCAACAAUUCCAAAUCCCUAGGCAGCCAAUGCAACCGAAACCGAAUACCGAAUCAAAUCGAAUCGAACCGAAUCAAGAUCGGGUCGACUCACAGAACAGAAACAGAACCUAAAACUAAAACUAAUACUGAAUCUAAAACUCUUUGAAACUAAAACUAAAUCUAAAGAAACAAAGAAAAGCGAGCAAGAGCAAGAGUCUGACAAUCGAAGACGUAUGACACUCAAGACCAGACCCGGUAGAGGAUCGGCCGUACUAUACACACCCUCCUCGCGGGAAGGUGCUUUUGUCACACGUUGCUUUUGCGACUGAGAACUGAGCUUAGUAUCGAUAAUAUUGAAACAAAUACAAUAUGAUCCCAGCGACGAUUGUGCGGGAGAAGUUCUAAAGAUAACGAUUAUGAUUAUGAUUAUGAUUACGAUUAUGAAUAGCGCAUAACGCAUAACGAUCCACUUGUCUAACGAUGAUUGUUAAUUGUGACCGUAACGUAAAGUAGAGUAUUGAAAUGUAACCGUAACGUAACACUUUCCUUAUUCGAAAACCUUUUCUUCAACCUAGAGAUGCAGCAAUAUCGAUUAUUUGUACACAUUAUGAUAAACCUUUAGCCACAUAUAUAUGCAUAUAUAUUGAGAUAUAUAUAACUAUGUUUCAUAUUCGCUGCCCGGGUGCUUGAGACGCCACAAUGUCGGAUCGCAGAUACCGGACGCCAAGCACCCGGGCAUAAUCCCUCUGUAAGCCUUGGACUACACCGCUUGAUUGUAUUUUUAAAUUAAUUCUUAAAAACUACGAAUUAAGAUCACUCUGUGAACGUGUUCUCAACGGUGUGCAUCUACGGAUUUGUUUUUGUGUUCUCUUUCCCUGACCCUUGACCCGACCACCCCACUCCCCCUGGCUCCCCACCUGUAGUAGAAUUAUGACGCCUGGAUCUUGGGGCCUAGAGCCACCUGACAAGUGACCUCGAAGAGGCAGUGACCUCCACGCAGCUGGAGGGCCCAUUGUAUAAACGUUAAAGUAGCACAAAUUAUAAACCAGUUAACAGCUUACCCGUAGUAUUCAUCCUCUGGCGUGGGGAGAUCAUCCAGGAUCCAGCCUGCCCAGCCCCUGCCGGCACACGUACAGCGUAGAACAGUAGUCGUCAGUAGUGGUAGUCACAAUAGAAGACAGAAUGUCCCUGCUUAACGCUCACUCGAACCUCCUUUGAAGCCACUUAUGUAGCACCAACCAAUCAGUUAACAGCAUCAAAUAGCAAUAACUCAACUGACCUCGGGGUCAGAGGAGAACCAAGUAAUUCUAAGGCACAGUUUACCAACCUCUGGUUGAGGUUGAACCUAGCAUUUAACACAGUUACCCCUUACUGUGAAAUCCAAUCUCUAUAGUUCAAGUAAUCAGUGAGGAAAACUUGACCCUCAGGUAGCUAAUGGUCAAUAGGGAUUAUUAAGUGGAAAUAUUCUAAAAUACGCCAAUUUGACCUCGCUUGUCAGGUGCUUUUGGUCCUAGCCAUUAGCUGAUACCAUACGAACACCUCCCAUCCCCCAUAUCCCCACAACAAUGAAGAAUACUACGAAAUAAAGAAAGAUUUCCAACAAAAAACAAA